AAUGAUGACAAAAUCUACAAAAUUAUUUAAAAAAGAAUGAAAGAAUAUCACACAGUAUCUUAGUGGACGAUAAAAAGCAAACUGGAAAUGGGAGUACUCAAUGAGCUUUGUGUGGUCUCCAAAAGCUGUGUCGCUUAUUUGAACUCUUUCCUUUGGCAAUGGAGGCUGAACAGAAAAAUGGGGUUCCCCUUCCUCUCACUGUACCUCUCAUGCAAGCUGAGACUCACCACGAGCCAUCAGCAGUAGAGGCAAGUAGUGGUGUUCAAAAAACUAUCAGCACCACAUCAUUUUUCAAGACCUGUUUCAAUGGACUCAAUGCAUUGUCAGGUGUUGGCAUACUGUCAGUUCCAUAUGCACUAUCAUUAGGAGGAUGGUUAAGUUUGAUACUUCUUUUUGCUAUCGCCAUUGCAACCUUUUACUCAGGCCUGCUGAUACAAAGAUGUAUGGAUAUGGAUUCUGAUAUCAGAACUUAUACUGAUAUAGGCAACCGUGCAUUCGGGAAUAAGGGACGAAUAUUAGUAUCGGUUUUCAUGAAUGUGGAGCUCUUUUUGGUUGCGACAGAAUUCCUAAUUCUAGAAGGGGAUACAUUAGAUAAUUUAUUUCCCAACACAGGAUUUGAAGUAGCUGGUGUUAGAAUUGAAGGAAAACAAAUCUUUGUAAUAAUUGUGGCCAUUGUAAUUUUACCUUCAGUUUGUUUAGAUAGCCUGAGCCUUCUUUCAUAUAUCUCUGCCAGUGGGGUUUUUGCUUCUGUUAUUAUACUCGGCUCAGUCUUGUGGACUGGUGCAUUUGAUGGAAUUGGAUUUCAUCAAAAAGGGACACUCAUCAAUUGGAAUGGAAUCACAAUAGCUGCUAGCUUAUAUGCCUUUUGUUAUUGUGCCCAUCCUGUCUUCCCAACAAUGUACACUUCUAUGAGAAACAAAACUCAAUUCAGCAAUGCCCUGCUUCUGUGCUUUACCUUAUGCACCAUUAGUUAUGCAUCAAUGGCAGUUUUCGGUUACUUAAUGUUUGGGUCUAAUGUUCAGUCACAAAUAACUUUAAACCUUCCAGCUGAAAAGCUUAGCUCAAGGGUGGCAAUAUGCACUACCUUGGUCAAUCCUAUAGCCAAAUAUGCAUUAAUGGUUUCACCUAUUGUGAAUGCUAUCAAAAGUUGGUUUCCAUGUCAGUACAACAAAAGGAUGGUUCGCCUCUUAAUCAGUGCCUCGCUUGUAAUCAGCACAGUUAUUGUAGCGUUGGCUGUUCCCAUUUUUGCAACUCUCAUGUCAUUGGUUGGAGCAUUUCUAAGUGCCACAGUUUCAAUUAUACUGCCAUGCUUAUGCUACUUGAAGAUUUCAGGCAGUUAUCGGAAAAUUGGAUGUGAAAUGGUGAUUAUCUGGUGCAUAAUACUAAUGGGUGUUGCAUUGGCUAUAAGUGGUACUUACAUAUCUCUUGUACAAAUAAUAGGGGAUCUAUAGGCAGAUACUUUCUCUAUGUCGAUGUCAGAAUUGUGGUACUGUAUUCAACUACUGAGUUGUCUUGUAGGGAAUCCUUGAUUUAUUCACACUGAGUUGUCUUGUAGGGAAAAAAAAAAAAAAGUAGAUUUCAUUAUAUUCU